AUGGAUGAGGAGAGGAAGAGGAACGGGGUGGCAUAUCUGUCGGAGGUGUACAAUGCUUCGCUCAAGGCGGGAAUCGACUCUCCAAAUAGAGCGGGUCAAUUCAGAAACAACAGAGAAGGGGAAGGGACACAGAGCUCGCAGAUGGGAACAGACAGAUUAAGGACAGGUGAAUAUCACCGGCGGGGAGAAGGGAUUGCUGAAGUGGCUGCACAGGGAGGAGGGCUGCAAGAGGAAAGGAAUCUUCAAAUCCCCCUGGUUUCACCAUCAGGAGAAUUGACUUGGAGUCUCAAAAUAGAGAAGAACAUGAGAAUCAAGGGAGAAUGA